AGGCGGCGUCACACGCGCCCUCCUGACAGUUGGCCCCGGCGAAUGUGGCCGACGCGGUGACUCGUGUGCUGGAAGCCAGACACCGGCCACGCCAAGCGAGGGGCCACCGAGGCCAGGGGCUCGGCCGCCCCCCCAGAACCAUGUUCUCCCGGAAGAAGCGGGAGUUGAUGAAAACCCCCUCCAUCUCCAAAAAGAGCCGAGCGGGAAGCCCCGUCCCACAGACGCUGCCGGACCUCUCCCGCAAGGAUUGCCUGGAGGCACCCGGCACCGGCCCUGGGGAGCUGCCCCCUGCCAGCUCCAAGCUCAGCACCAGCCCCAGCACCGCCGGUACCCUCAAGCGCCCCACCAGCCUCAGCCGCCAUGCCAGCGCUGCCGGCUUCCCCCUCACCACGGCGGGCCCCAGGCCCAUGGCCAAGGGCCACAAGACCCCCACAUCCUACAGCCCCAUGGACGGCACGGAGGGCCCCUUCAUCGACACAGAGGACAUCUCCCAGCUGCUGACGGAUGUGGCCCGCUUUGCCGAUGCCCUGGAGAAACUGCGGGAUGUGGUGCUGCGGGACGACCCCAAGGAGCCCCAGCGGCCACUGGCCCACGAGUGCCUGGGUGAAACCCUGCGCAUCCUGCGCCAGGUCAUCAACAAGUACCCGCUGCUCAACACCCUAGAGACCCUGACAGCCGCUGGGACCCUCAUCUCCAAAGUCAAGGGUUUCCACUACGAAUCCAACAAUGAGACGGACAAGCGGGAGUUUGAGAAGGCCGUGGAGACCAUCGCGGUGUCCUUCAGCAGCACCGUGUCGGAGUUCCUCAUGGGGGAGGUGGACAGCAGCACCAUCCUCUCCAUCCCACCCAGUGACCAGAACCAGAGUAUGGAGAGCCUCUAUGGGGGCAUCCCCGGGCCUGGAGGGGAUGCCAUGCCUUCGGGCAUGGAAAGCUAUGACACAGGCCGUCCUCCGGCCGAGGAGGUGGAUGUGAUGCUGCAGCGCUGUGAGGGAGGGGUAGAUGCUGCCCUCCAGUAUGCCAAAAACAUCUCCAAGUACAUGAAGGACCUCAUCGGAUACCUGGAGAAAAGGACCACGCUGGAGAUGGAGUUUGCCAAAGGGCUUCAGAAGAUGGCAAACAGCUGCAAGCAAACCAUCAGUCAGGAGACCAACAUGCCUUUCCUGUCCAUCUACCUGCUGGCCCUGGAGCAGGAUAUGGAGCACGGGACGUCGGUUCUGCAGGCUGCCAUCACCCUGCAGCACCAAACAUUCCUCCAGCCGCUAACGGUGAGACGCCUUGAACAUGAGAAACGGAGGAAGGAGAUCAAGGAGCAGUGGCACCGGGCACAGAGGAAACUGCAAGAGGCAGAGGUGAACCUGCGCAAGGCCAAGCAGAUCUACAUGCAGCGCAGCGAGGAGCACGACAAGGCCAAGUACAUGGCGGUGAAAGCGGAAGAAGAGCAGCAGAACACCACCAGCAGCAUCACCACCAAAACCCUAGACAAGAAGAGGCGGCUAGAAGAGGAAGCCAAGAACAAGGCAGAAGAGGCGAUGGCCACGUAUCGGACCUGCAUUGCGGACGCGAAUACCCAGAAGCAGGAGUUGGAGGAUACCAAGGUGAACUCCCUGCGGCAGAUCCACGAAGUGAUCAAACAGAGUGACCAGGUCAUCAAGAUGGCUACAAUCUCCUUCUAUCAGAUCAUGCACAUGCAAACAGCUCCGCUGCCCGUCAACUUCCAGACGCUGUGUGAGAGCAGCAAGCUCUACGACCCCGGGCAGCAAUACGCCUCUCACGUCAAGCAGCUGCAGCGAGGAGACGAACCUGACACCCAGUACGACUUCGAGCCCUACGUGUCACACAACACCUGGUCCCCCUUCACUCGGGCGCGGAAAGGCAGCUUCAAUGCCAAUGAUUUCUCAACAAACACCGGCUCUGAUGGGGCCGGGCUGCCCAAGGACGGGACCCCCUCGGAAGGAGGUGCAGGAGCCAAGGAGCAGCAAAGUGGGGCCCCGGCGGCUGAGCGGAGAGGUGGUAGGGGACACCAGGUCCAUAAAUCCUGGCCAACCUCCAUCACUGAAGCUGACAGCAGCCUGGAUUCCAACACAGGUGAAUUCAGCCAUAAACUCCAGCGGCUGUCGUCCAACGGCACCAUGUCCUCCAGCGAAGAGCUGGGGGAGAAGGACGAGAACACCACCCCCUUUGAGCAGAGCAUCAAUGGCAUCACCCCAGAGAUGACGGCUCCAACAGGGCCCUUCCGAAACAUUGGCUUGUCCAAGGCUGCCCAGACUCAUCGGCUGAGGAAGCUCCGUACCCCUUCCAAGUGUCGGGAGUGCAACAGCUACGUUUAUUUCCAGGGAGCAGAAUGCGAGGAGUGCUACCUGGCCUGCCACAAGAAGUGCCUGGAAACCUUGGCCAUCCAGUGCGGCCACAAGAAACUCCAAGGGAAGCUGCAGCUUUUUGGGCAAGACUUCACAAAGGCUUCUCAGAGUAGUGCCGACGGCAUCCCCUUCAUCAUCAAGAAGUGCAUUUCCGAGAUUGAGAAGCGGGCACUGAAAACCAAGGGCAUCUACCGAGUUAAUGGUGUCAAGACCCGUGUGGAGAAGCUUUGCCAGGCAUUUGAGAAUGGGAAAGAGCUGGUGGAGCUGUCCCAGGCCUCCCCUCAUGAUAUCAGCAACGUCUUGAAGCUCUACCUGAGACAGCUGCCGGAGCCCAUCAUGCCCUUCCGUAUGUACAACGAGCUGAUGGGCCUGGCCAAGGAGAGCUUACAGGGCGGCGAGGCCAAGGGCAAGAGCGGGAAAGGGGGUCCCGAGCUGGUGGACAAAGGAGCCGACACCGACAAGGUGGUGGUGAACCUGGUGCUGAAGCUGAAGGAGCUGGUGAAGGAGCUUCCCUGGGAGAACAUGGCCACGCUGCAGUACCUCCUGCAGCACUUGAGGAGGAUUGUGGAAGUGGAACAGGACAACAAGAUGACCUCGAGCAACCUGGGCAUCGUCUUUGGGCCAACACUGAUGCGCCCGAGGCCCACAGAUGCCACUAUUUCCUUGUCCUCACUGGUGGAUUAUCCCCACCAAGCUCGCAUCAUUGAGGCGCUCAUAAUCUUCUAUUCGACCAUCUUUGAGAACAAGGAGCCCAUGGUGCUGGCCGACCCCAGCAAAUACGUCCCAGAUACCAAGGAGGAGGCAGCCAGCUGCUCCGACCUGGGCAAGGCAGGCUCCCAGCCCACCGCUCUGCCCGGCAGCCUCCCCUAUCUAGAGCUGCCUUUGGAGAAGGGGAAUUUGCGGUACGGCGCUGACUCAUUCACAGAGUCUGGUGACCGCUCUGUUGACUCUGACUCCGAGCUGGAGGACAGUGGGGAGCUGCUGGCCGCUGCGGACGGGACCCCCCGAACCCAGCUAACGAAGCAGGGCAGCGAGACCAGCACAGACGAAGCUCAGUUCUGUGAUGAAGGGAGCGAGGGACAGCGGAGCCGGAGCUGCAGCAUGGGCCAGUCGGAUGCGGAGGGCACUGCUCCCCGCUGCUGCAGCCCCCCGGGAGAAGAGCAAAGCGAUGCAGAGGAAUACCCCGAGAGCCGCCUCGCCGCUGCUGACACGGACUACAACACAAACCAGUCCAACAAUGCAGCCAGGUGCCACAGUGGCCACCAGCAGCAGCCCUGGUUUAUCUGAGCCACAGAAUAGAAAUCCCGUGGACCCUGGGAUGGGACAAAGGGACAAAGCCCAGGAACUCCCCAGGCGUAGCGAUGUGGGACGCUGCAGUGCUGAGGGGUGGGGAGGGAGGGUGCGGAGCCACAGGCAGCUCAGGGGGCUUUGGUGUGUCAGCUGCAGGCAGGUCCUGGCUGGUUCGUGGCUGGAGCUUUCACAUGAAACCCCUGAGCCCUCCAGCUCCCGACGGGGAGAAUCGGGUCGGUCUGCUGCGACUGCCGACGGAACCCACCUCCUGGAGCAGGGCAGAGGAAUACUUGUUUGGGGCUGGGCAGGAACCCAGGGCUUUGCUGUGCCUGUGCCAGGUCAUGGGCUUAAUUCUUGCUGCGCUCCUUAAUCCCGCGCCUCUACUGCAGAAAUGGAGACAAGAUGAGUCAAAGGAUCGGAUCAUCCUCGCUGGCUGCAGCCGGGAGGUGACGCAGGGAGAGUUGCCCCGUGGCUGGCAGGGGAAGGGGACGUGGCCGGGCACGGGCACCACACGGACACAGGGACACCUGGCUCUGCCACCUGGGGGGCAGCACCCCGGGCAGGGGACACAGCCGGAGGGGCACCAGGUUCGGUGCAGCCCAGUAAAAGCCACCGCACCAUCUCUCACAGAGCCAGCCUUGGCUCCAGGGCUGUGGCUGCACCAUCUGCCAGCCCCUGCAAGGUACACCCAUCACUUCUAACUGUCUGUACCAGGCAGCCAAAGGCCAGCAAUGAACCUACUGCCUCAGCACCUCCAGCCAACACAGGACUCAAGUGGCCACGUGCCUUUGCCGGCUCGGCUGACGAGGUUUGCGUUGCUGCUCAUAUUUAUGGUCAUUUUUCUACUCGGCAGGAGCUGCACAAAAGGCAACCCACAGGCUGUGAGCAAGCUCAGGGGACGGGAUUUCCUGGCUGCAGGGUCCGGAGCAUUGCCUGAUCUCUCAGGGUUGGGGUUUUUUUGACAGAUGUUUGACCUUAAAAAAAAAAAAAAAAAAAAAAGUCUAAGCUGCCAGUCCAGGACUACAUGUCUGCUCUUCCAGUGGGUCUUGAGAUGGAGCUGGGCAGAGAGCAGGUCAUCCAGGGGCGAUGCCUCCUGCUCAGGACCACCAUGGCCUGAAUCGAGUCACAGCCCCUGCCAGUGUAAGAGGCUUCUUUUUUUAGUUGUUUUUGGUUUGGUUUUGGUGGGUUUUCUUGUAAAUUGAUGACCUUUCAACAUGAAUCCACUACCUCUGCUGGCAAAGGAACUUAAAAGGGUUAAACAAGACCAGCCAAAGUUUUUUUUUUUUUCUCUUUAAAGCUAUGAGACUUUUCUGCACUGAAGCUUAGAGAAACAAGUAGAUAUUCUAGCUUACAAAGAGCUGAAAGCUGUUUCCUUCUAUUACCCUGUUUGUUUUGUACCUGGGCUGCGCUCCUGCCUCUGCCAUUAGAGCAUCAGCCCCGGAGGGCACGUGGCGAGCGAAGACCAAGAGCUUGGGACAGACACCCAAGGGCACCUGGCACACCAGCAACUCCCAGCCCACAUCUCCUAAGAAAUUGCACAAAUCCAAAGCUGUUUUCUAAUAAUUAGCCAAACCCUUCAUGAUGAAGAUCAUCAUGAGAUGCUGGGCUCCAGACCGUCCCUCGCUCUGCUCACGCGCCCAGACCUCCCUGCUCCGGGUGUGAAGAGACAGCGAGGGGGAAGGCAGAGCCGGACCUCGGGCCGAGGAAGCCCAGUGAGCGAAGCAGCAGCGAUGUUCUGGCUGAAGAGCAGUGCUGGGGGCACUGCGCACCUCACUCCUGGGUGACCAGCCAGACGUUUGGCCCCGUAGAAGGUUGGUCUCCAGCAGAGGGGAGAGCCUGGGUUAAGGGCUGGACUUGGUGAACUUGAAGGUCUUUUCCAACCUGAAUGAUUCCAUGGUUCUACCUUUACAGUUGCCAGAGCUCUCAAAGACUAAUCGGAAACACAGCUCAGCAUAGUAGGUCAAAGGUACACAAAGCCAAAGUUAAUUUACAGCUGAAUGGUUUAUAACUGAGCCAAAGAAGAGCUGGAGAUAUCUGCGAGACAUUUUUCCAGCAGGUCAUUUCCAUGGUAGCAAGAGUAAGGAGGUCGGCUGCCCCCUCUUGCUACCAGCACUGCUAUGGGCGGUACCGUGUGUGUUUGCGAGGAUGGAUGGUGGUUGAAUGUGAGUGAGGGAAGGGACAAAAGCGAUGCUUGAGCUUCACAUGGUAACAGCCACCCUUCUCUUGGUAUAUUAAUUCAGCAUGGGAAAAGUCAAGCGUGUUUGUUAUGACAUGCCUGUACUGCUGUAUGAAGCUGCGUGACAUGUUUUGCUGCGUUCAGAUUGACAUGCUUCCGAAAAAAAUAAAUAAAAUCAGUGUGUUCAAACCCA